CUCUCUCUGGGUCUCUCCACGCCCCCCAUCUUUCAUCCCAGUCCUCCCAUAGGUUCCAUGCAAAGCACACACACUCACUCACCAAAAUGCCCAGCAAGAGGAAGAAGAACAAGCGUCGCAUGAGGAGGGUGCAGGCCCAGAGGAGAAUCCUUGAAGAGCAGCAUGCAGGCGACCCGCCAGCCAAAGCAGGUCCCGGGAUUGCAUGUGCGCCCCCUGCUGCAGCCCCAAAGAAACCGACUAAGACUCCAGCACCAGCUUCAGUUAGGGCUCCAGCUAAGGCUCCAUCACCGGCUCCAGCUCCAGUUGAGGCUCCAGCUCCAGUUAAGGCACCAGCUCCAGUUGAGACUCCAGCACCAGCUCCAGUUAAGAUCCCAGAAGUUGUUCCCAUUGCUGUCCCCAUUGUGGAGACCCCCAAAGUGGAACCAGAACCUGUCCCAGAGCCCAUCGUAGAGCCUGUUGUUGAGCCCAUCGUAGAGCCUGUUGUUGAGUCCGUCGUAGAGUCCGUCGCAGAGCCUGUCGUGGAGCCUGUCCCAGUCAAGUUAGCGGCACCAGAGCCUGAGGCUGUGGUGUUGGAACAGACUGCAGAAGAGGUUGAGGUUGAAAUCACAGAAGUCCCUGAAGAAGCAUCAGUCAUCGAUACUCCACCCGAGGAGCCCUGCAUAGUUGAAGCUGCGAUAGAACAGGAGGCUGAACCGAUCAUUCCCGAACCAGAAACACAGGUCAUAGCCGCAGCUGACGCUCCAGUAGCAGCCCCUGUUGAGACUGAGCUUCAGACAGAGGAGACCAUAAUCAUAACCACAGAGACCGAACAGACGCUUGAUGUCUGCGAGCCAGAGUCUGAAGUGAAGGCUGAGGCCUUGCCCGAGGAAGAAACGGCCAUUGAUGUUGAGGUGGAAGUGGCUGCCACAGACGAUGUCACCGUACCAGAGCCCGUAAUCGAAGCCACUGAAGAACCAGAGGUUGAAGGAGCACUCACAAGUGACCAAGUUCCUGCUGAAGCAGAAUUCGCUGCAGAGGAAGUGGUUACAGAAAAAGUGGUGGAAUCAGUGGACGAGGUUGUCUCAGUGGUACCAGAGUUAGAACAGGUGACUGAAGCUGUUGUCAGUCCUCCAGCCCUGGCUGAGUGUGAAGAUGAUGAAGCUGAGAUAGAAGUGCUGGCUGAAGAUGCACCUGAUGUCAUCGCAAUCGCAGAGGAUGUUCCUGUCCUAUCUAUGGAAAUCCCAGUGUUGUCAGAUAUCGUCCCAGAGGCUCCGGUAGAAGUGGCUGAAGCCCUCGUAACUGAAAUCAAAGAGGACGUUGCUGACAACCUGGUCGAUGACUUUGUUGUCACAGAAUCAGUUUCAGCAGUAGAGGUCGCCAUUGCCGAGUCUGCUGCUGUCCAGCCGGCAAUUGUGGAAGUGAGUGACGCCAUCAUCACCCAAUCAGAAUCUGUGGAUGUGAUGCCCGCUGAGCCUGCCGCUGCCCCUGAGCCUGCACAGGAAAUGAUCAUUGAUGACACAGCUGAGCAGACAUGUUUGGAUGUGCUGUCAGAAGAGCCUAAGCUUGAAAUCUGUGACAUCCCCUGUCAGAUGCAUCUCGCCGUGGAGGCUGCACAAAAGCUCAGCUCAAUGGAGAUGCCAGUGGAGGCAACGCUGAAUGGACACAUCGUCCCAGAGGUCUCCAUUGAGGGCUAGAUCCGCAUCACACAGCUUGGAAGACCUUUUUUGUCUUUAUUCCCCUUUGGCCAUUUGGAGGACUCAAAGCUUUACAGCUGACCGUGUUCAUUUUUUAGGGCUUACACCAGGAAAUUGAAAAGGACAUCCACACUUUGAAGUGCCUUUCUGGCCCUGGUUCCUGUCUAAACACCAAACCAGAUGUCAACAAGCCAAAAAACCUGCUGCAUUCAAGGCAGCAGAACAGACUGUUGUCAUAAAUGUGCAGAAAUGGAAACCAACAUAUCGUGGCUCCUUUUUUUUAAAUCCGUUUUUCUCCCAGAAUUUGCAUUUACAAUGGAAGCAGAAGUGCUUGAGAGAUGGAUAUUCAUAAAAUGCAAUAAAUGGCAGUGCCGAGAUUUCUUUGCAUGUUCAUCUCUCCAGCACAUCGGCUUCCACACGUGAAAACUGUAGCGUCGGUGAAUGUGGCUAGAGUUGUACUUGGGCCUAUGUUCAUAUAGGUGGGAGGGACAACUUGUUCUGUUUUUUUUUUUGUUUUUUGUUCCACAUUUCAAAGGCUCUUUUUACCCUCAAAGAGACACAUCUACAAACUUCUCCAUAGCCUCCAUUUCUGUUCUCCUCUCUGCCUCAACUAAGUGCCAACGCUACGGUUAGUGUGAUGCUAAAACACAUCCUAAAGCUUGAGUCUUAGGUUUUAUGGCCACUGGAAAAUGACAGGGGACGAGCUGAGAGGUCAUUUACUGUUUCUUUUUUUUUUUCUCUUCACUUUUUUAAAAUUCAUUUUGUAUAGACCAUUUGAUGUGCUACAGUUUUGUGUUCAAAGUCUGAAGGGGAAAUGUAAUGUGAUCUGGUGACGAGUAUCACUGCUGAGCUGUUGUUGGUCCACCUUUGGAAAUAAAGCUGUAACUCAUCGUGA